AUGCCUCGUCGACGCAGGGCUUCUGAGGAUCAAGGCGGCGAUGGCGGCGGCAGCGAAUUUGAUGAUUUGGAUGGGCCUGCGAGACGAUUGCGCUCGCGCUUCAGUCUAGAGGCUAUGGGUAAAGGAAAUGCUGAAGGAGGUAAUGUGCAGACGGAAGACGACGCUUCUACUGCUUCCAUUCUGGCUACGGGUAAGGGUAGUUCUGGUCCCACAGUUGUACAGACGGGUGAUAACAUUGCACCAGCUUCCUCGUUAUCUUUGCGAGACAAGGAUGCGUUCGACGACACCUACAGCGAAGAAGGCUCUGAUGAACUGGGGCAUGCAUCUGUCAAGGAUCGUAAGGCUCGAUGCACAUAUGGCCUAGAUGUCAUUUGGGGCCGCAACGCAUCGUCCUUUCCACUGACUCCAAUGCCCUCACCCCCAUCAUCGUACCAUGCCUCGUCGGCGUUUAUAGAGGCUCCUGCCAAAUUGAGCAGUGGAAGUUCUCAGAGGACACUGAGGGACUGGCUUACUCCACCUCCAACGCAGGCCACACUUUCACACGCUGUGCCAAAUAUUGUACAGCACUUUCAAGAGGAAGACCGCAUUCCAGGCCAUGAAGCACGACGCAUUGAUCGAGAAGCAAUGCCCACGGGGCAGCCGACCCGUCAUCACACGACCGUAAAAUAUAUCUUGACCAAGGACAAAUACGGCAUCACUCGUCGCGUCGAAUCUAGUCCGCCACUGCAGUUUUAUUCCUCGAAUGCAUCGUCGCGUCCAAGUGGUGCUGAUGAUGAUGACGAUCGUAAUCGUCGAGAACCAACACCGACCGAUUCGGCAGUUGGAGACGACUACUAUCCACCUCCAAGGCGUUCGUACGACGAAGACGAGCGCCCUACCAGGCCCCACAGAGACGACGACGACGACGACGACGGCGAUGAUGAUGAUUCGGACCCAGGUUCCAACGAGGAAGUCACGACGCCCCUGACUACAUUCCACCCCUUCAUCCGCCUUCCCUGCGAAAUCCGCGAGAAAAUCUACGAAUUCGCUUUAUCGGCCCCUCACCCCAUCCUUCCGCAUCUCUGCGACUUCAACCACAGCACCCAGGCUCACUACGGCUCUCCCAGGUUCCACGACCUCAACCAACCCGACCGCCACAACGCCGUCCACUCCUUGCUAGGCGUCACCCAAGUCUCCAAAGCCAUUCGCGACGAGUCCCUGCCCGUCUUCUACGCCAUCAACGUCUUCUUCAUUGGCAAAGACACGUCGUCGUACUUUGAUCGUCUGGCCCACCUCGGCUACUUUCACCUGGUGCGCCAAGUGCAAUUCCACAUUGUCCACCGGCUAAAGAAGCGUGCGCCGGAGACGCUGCGCGGUCUGUCUAGUUUCCUCAAACAAAAGGCUAUGUACGAAGCAGCAUUGCGCAGGGAAGCCCAGAGCACGGGAACGGGCAUGACGGCCACGGUGUGGGAUGGCAAGGGUAAGGGUAAAGGGCUUGCUGUGCCGGCUCCGAAACCCAUUGCUGAACUUGUGGGGGAGUCGCAUCGUUCGCUGACCCAACAUCCGCAAUAUCAGGUCGGCGGUCUGGCGGAUCUCAAUGUUUUGAUUUGUUUGGGGAAGUUGUGUACUGCGGCUCCUUUUACUUCUGCUGGUCCUUCCCAAGAACCUCCGCCUGGUCCACCAACAACCUCUGCAAAUCCCAGUCUCCUCACCAUCCCCAUUCCCUACGCCGACCUCUUCACGAUAUAUCCAAGCCUCUCUUGGUUCCCGAUGGUAGCAGCCGGUCUAGGCAUCAGCCUGCGCUUCGUCCAAGACGUGCCGGUCGAUGACUCGACCUCUGACUGGAUCACCAUGACAUGGCGCCAGCGCUGGGGCAAAAAGAAGACGCUUCCAAAGAACACUGCACGAGGCCAUUCCACGUCGAACCUUACCCCCGACGCCACCAAUUCUGGCGUAGAUUGCAACACCGCGGCUACUACCACAUGGGACGAAGGCAUCAGGCUUGGUGCACACGAGGUCAAGAGACGAGCGCUGGAAUUAAAUCCCAGACUGGAAGAGGAGCAGCGCAGUCGGUUGAAUGCGUAUUAUCGGAUUGGCUGCAAGGGCGUCUUGACGUGGUUUGAUGUUCCUACUGAGCCGCGGGGUGGGGCUGAGGAAGACGGUGUUGCUGGAGGAGAAGGAGAAGUCGACGCUGUUGCUGAAGAAGAAGAUCUCGAGUUCACGGAUGCAGCUGAGACACAAUAUCACAACUCCUCGGCCUAUCCAUAUCAAUGA